GGAUAAACCCAGACGAAAACUAGCCUCUGAUAGUUUGAGCCCAAUUGUUUCACUGAUCUUUUUAAUUUUUAGUUUCGCACUCUUGAAACCCAAAUCGAAACGCUAUUAGAAAACUGAUUCUUACAUCAAAAAAGCAGCUUUGGCAAACAGUUGACCCUGAGCGUGCAAAACCGGAAUCGAAAUUAAAGGGGCAGCAAAAAAACCACUGCCAUAGCAGUUUUGCAGGAUUUCUGGGAUUCCAACACAAGCACAAAAUUUGGGUCUUCAGAGAAGAACAGAAAGAUCAACAAUGGAGGUGGAAUUGAAAGAGAUGCUUGAUGAUCUAUUGUCUCUAAGGCAAUCUUUGUCUGAUCCUUCUCUUCAUGCUUCAAUUGACAAGCUGCAAUUGCGUGUUGAUCGUCUUACUCAUCUUGCUAAGUCUGUACCUGUUCGACGAUCAAAAGUCAAGGUUUUCAUUUCAUGAUAUGAGUGCUGAGGUGGUUGAUAGCAAUCCCUAUAGUAGGCUCAUGGCACUUCAAAGAAUGGGUAUCGUGGAGAACUAUGAAAGGAUCCGGGAGUUCUCAGUUGCCGUAGUUGGUAUUGGUGGUGUUGGCAGUGUUGCAGCUGAGAUGCUGACAAGGUGCGGCAUUGGUCGACUUUUGUUGUAUGAUUAUGAUAAAGUGGAGUUGGCUAACAUGAAUAGGCUAUUCUUUCGCCCAGAUCAGGUUGGUAUGACAAAGACUGAUGCUGCUGUUCAGACCCUUUCAGAUAUCAAUCCUGAUGUUGUGCUUGAGAGCUAUACGCUGAAUAUCACUUCCGUACAAGGAUUUGAAACCUUUAUGUCAAGCUUAAAGAAUAAAACAUUUCGCCCAAGUAAGGAAGGUAGCGGAGUGGAUCUUGUUUUAAGUUGUGUAGACAAUUACGAAGCAAGGAUGGUGGUCAACCAGGCUUGCAAUGAGUUGAAUCAGGCAUGGAUGGAGUCUGGUGUAUCUGAGGAUGCAGUUUCAGGUCAUAUACAGUUGCUGAUUCCGGGAGAAACUGCUUGUUUUGCAUGUGCACCUCCUUUGGUUGUAGCAUCUGGAGUGGAUGAACGAACACUCAAGCGUGAAGGGGUUUGUGCCGCAUCUUUGCCAACUACCAUGGGAGUUGUUGCUGGGCUUCUAGUCCAAAAUACGCUAAAGUUCUUGUUGGGAUUUGGACACGUUUCUCCCUACUUGGGGUACAAUUCUCUUAAAGACUUCUUCCCAACAAUGACAAUGAAGCCAAAUCCCCAAUGUUCAAAUGCUGCCUGUCUGGAGCAGCAGAAAGAAUACAUUCUUGCAAAGCCAGCCAGGGAUGCUGCAGCUAAAGCCAAGAUGGAGGCUGAAGCUGCUGCCGCUGCCGCAGCAGGAGAUAUGCCACUCCAUGUUGAUAAUGAGUGGAACAUAAGCAUUGUCGAUGAUAAUGAGCCUGCAAAGAGUAUAUGUGGCACAAGUUCAGAUGCGCUUCCAGAAGGUCUCACUCGUGAGCUCCCAAGUGCCGAUGAAUUUCAAAAGCCCCAGGCAUCUGGAGCCACAGAUUCCGCUAUUGAUGACCUUGAAGAUCUGCGGCGGCAACUUGAGGCUCUGAACGCUGCAUAACGUCCCAACAUAACUUAUAGUUGAGAGAUAGGUGACUUCUUUGGCAAAUUAGGAACACUCCUAGAGUUCAUCGUUUGUUACCAUUGAGGGGGAAAUGCAGCAGUUCUUGGGGUUCAACAUUCAAGCAAAAAUGAUCCAGCCAUUCCCAAAAAUUUUAUACAUUAUAGGGUUUGAACAAUUUUUCUUUCAUUUAACAGAUACAGACAAUGCCCAAAACUUUGGAUCAUGCAAUGAUCUCAAAUGAGCAUAUUCUUGUUGGAAAUACAUAUGUAUUCAAUUAUCA